AUGGAAAACUUCCAGUACAGCGUCCAGCUGAGUGACCAGGACUGGGCCGAGUUCUCGGCCACCACCGACGAGUGUGGCCUCCUGCAGGCCGGCCUGGCCUCUGGGGAUGAGCUCUUGUCCAGUGACAUUGACCAAGGAGACAGCAGUGGCAGCAGCCCCCCCGGGCCUCCACCCCUCCCCAUCGGGCAGCAGGCCGCAAGGGGGAGCGGCCAGUGGGGCUGUGGGGAGGAGGACGUGGCCCCCCGGUGGCUGGUCAGCAGGUCUCAGUGUGAGCCCGUCUUGGAUCCGGGGUCCGGUCAGCAGACGCCCAGCACGUCCACACGGUCAGCGUCCCGGCUGUCACUUGGCUCUGGCACCAGCCCUCCUGGCCAGAGCUCCAACCACCCAGGGCCAGAGUCUUCCGGAGACAAGAUGCAGAGGCUUCAGCAGGGCCCCGGCUCAAGCUCCCCCGGGGAGCCCCCUCGGAGUUCUGAGGCCCCUGGCCACGGAGCCACCCCCCCGAGGCCGCCAGAGAAUCCUGGAGCCUCACCAAGGAGCCCUGGCCGGAAAAAAAGGCGUGCUAAGGGGGGCGGGCACUCGGGAGCCCCCGGCCCUGCCCCUGCCCAGUUGGGCUCCCUGCUGCCCAGAGCUGCCUGGCCCGAGGAGGACCUGGGACUGGCCAGGCCCGUGGGGAGGGGUCCUGUGGCUGGGCCGGCAGAGCUCACAGCCGGAGCUGGGCAGGACGCAUUGGGGCUAGACUCCACAGCAGCUGCUGAGCCUGGACCCAAGUGCCCUGAGCAGGUUGCCAGGCGAGGACCCAGGGUGGGCCUGUCUACACCUGUUCCUGUGACUGAGCAAGGAGCAGACCAAGUAAGAAUGACCCCCAGAGCCGAGAUCCACACAGCGUCCACAUCCGUCCAAGAUGCCCAUCAGGAUGUCUUAAGGGCUAAGCCAGACACAGCUGUGUCUACACCGGCCUCCGAGCCUCCACCUGACACGGACACGGCUGUGUCUACACCUGCCUCCAAGCCUCCACUAGACAUGGGUCUGUCUACACUUGCCUCCAAGCCUAGAUUGAAUGUGAACCUGCUUACAGCAGGCCCAGUGGUUGAGCCAGAGGUGGCUUCAUCUACACCCAUCUCAGGGGCUAUGCCAAUUCCAGCCGUGCCUCACUCUGGUGGAGGCGUGUCUCCACCUGCUCCCAGAUCUGAUGCCGCUACCCCUGGCUGCUCCCCCGCCCCCCAGGCUGGGCCUGAUGUGGGGGACACGGAGGUUGCUGUGUCUCCAGGAGGACACCGAGAGAAGCCCAGAGGCGAGCCCUCAGGAGGGGCCUCUGGACAGUUCUGGAGGGAUCCCCUCCCAGGCCCUGCCCAAGCUCCCAGGAAGAAGAAGGUACGAUUCUCCAUGGCUGUGUCCAGCCCUGAGGAGUCAGGGUCGGAAAGGGCCCCCGGCUCACCCUCGCCAGCCACAGCCUGGUCCUCAGCUGGGAGCUACAGGGGUCCCGGAGCCCGGGACGCUGUGGCCCUUGGGCCCCGGCAGCCUCAGCCUCGGAUCCUGAAGCAUCUCCCCCCGGUUGCACCCUCCACCUUGGAGGCUGCAGGGUACAGGGCCUGCUUUGCUGUGACCCUCCCAGAGGCCUACGAGUUCUUCUUCUGUGACACCAUUGAGGAGGAGGAUGAAGACACAGAGGACGCAGCUACCACCAGCCAGGCCCUGGAGGAGGUCCAGUGGCCGGAUGUGUGCGAGUUCUUCUUCCGGGAUUCCCCAGCCCAGCCGUCCAGGCAGCAGGGGGGCCACUCCCAGACCUCACCCCCCAGAGCAGAACAUGUGCCAGCACCCCCACCUGGAGACCCCGUGGCCAUCUCCAUCCCAGAGGCCUAUGAACACUUCUUUGGGGAUGAAAGGGCUGGGGACAUGCUGGGUUCAGACACCCUGCUCCAGCUGCAGGCUUCGGAGUUCCCCAGGUCGGCCUCCUGGGGACCGGGGCCUGGGACUCCAGUCGAGCCAGCCACAGCCACACAGCUCAGCCAGGCGGUCAGGUGGCCAGGGGAGCUCCGAGGUCCCCUCACCUCGCUCACCCUCAGCCAGAACGACAUGUGCCUGGUGUUUGUAGCCUUUGCCAGCUGGGCCGUGCGAACAUCAGAUCUGCAUACCCCAGACGCCUGGAAAACAGUCCUGCUGGCCAACAUUGGCACCAUCUCGGCUAUCCGCUACUUCCGCCGGCAGGUGGGGCAGGGGCGGCGUAGCUGUGGCCCCAGCCGUAGCCCCAGCCCCAGUGCCUAG